AUGAAUCCAACAAAAAGUACUCAAAUUCUAACCGAUAAAAUUAAGCUUGACAAUGAAUUAAAUCCUCAUAUUUCGAUUGAGGAUCAAAUUGCUUGUGUUAGUCAUUAUAUUAAUUAUAAUCCUGAGAAAUUUCGUGAUAGAUUCGUUCGACAUGAAGGAAAGAAAAAUAUUACUGUUUAUGCUAGUAAUAUUCUAUCUAAUAAUUAUGAAGGUAAUUGGCCUGAAGUUGUAAAUAGACUUGUUACAAAGAUUGAUAGUCAUGUCAAAAAAAUCGAUUUAGUGGGUUUAUUAAAAUGCAAUUUUUCGACAACUACCCCAACCUUCUUAACAGUUAGUCGUAUUGUAUUAUUAGAUGCUGUUAAAGCUUAUUUUGAUUAUAAAGUUGAUACUUUUUGUGGAAUUCCAAAAGUUACACUCGAAAGAACCCUUGAAGAUUGGAAAAAAUUUCAAGAAAAGGUCAUUAAUUUAAGAGCAUUAAAUUUAGAAUUAGAUUUUUGGUUAGAUCAUCUUGAACCUGUCCUUUUAAAUUUAGUUGCUACUUAUCGUGAUAAAAUUGAUCAUGAUUUUUGGGGUAGAAUUAUAACGAUUGAUGAAGUACAUGGUUCUGGUAGUGGUACUUUUGUCUCUAGAUGGUUAAUGAACUUCUUUCCUUAUAAUCGAGCAGGAGAUCUUUUAACAACUGAUAGUGUAAUAAAAAUUAAAAAUAUUCCAGAUGGAAUUGUUGGUGUUCCAUUUCUUUUAGAUAAGUUAAAAUUAAAAUUUAUGGCUAGAUUUAUUGGUGCUAAUCAAGAAAUUCUUGAAGGUUCUGAUGGUGAAUAUGUUGUUUCUCCUGUGAUUAGAUGA